CUGGUUGAAAGAUUUCAUCAUGUUUCAUUCUUUGACGAAGGACGAAGAGAUGGAGAAGAGUGAGCUGCCCAUGCGCUGGCUGGUGCUGUUCCUGUCCUGCACCCUCAUGAUCGGCAACUACUACUGCUUUGACAACCCCGCGGCGCUUAAGAGUCAGCUGCAGCAGCACUUCAACAACCUUCCCGCCGAGCGCUACGAAUUCCUCUAUAACUUGCUGUACACGCUGUACUCGAUUCCAAACAUCAUCCUUCCAUUCUGCGGGGGAUUUCUCGUCGAUCGCCUCGGUGCCCGCGUCACCCUCCUUAUCUUUGCAAGCAUCAUCACAGUGGGCCAGAUCGUGUUCGCCAUCGGAUGCUCCACGACCCAGUUUAACGUCAUGCUGCUCGGACGCGUGUUGUUUGGAUUGGGCGGCGAAAGCCUCGGGGUCGCGCAGAGCACGCUUGUGGCGUCGUGGUUUAAGAACAAGGAGCUUGCAUUAGCGCUCGGCAUCAACCUCAGCAUUGCGCGCCUCGGCAGCGUCUUCAACAACGAACUCAGUCCCGAAAUCGCGUCCGAGUACAACGUGUCGAGCGCGCUGUGGGUGGGUGUGCUCAUGUGCGGGGUAUCCCUCAUCGCCGCGCUCACGCUCGUUCCCAUCGACAAACGCGCCGACGCCGCCAUCCGCCGCGCGACUGGGUCUUCAUCGUCGUCCCUUCCCGUGAAAGCCACCCCAUCCGACCAAAGCAUGGGUUUGCACGACUUGCGGCAGUUUGGCCCGCUCUUUUGGCUUCUCUCAAUCUCGUGUAUGGUCGUAUACGGGUGCGUGAUUCCAUUCAAUAGCGUCGCUAGCAGCCUGCUCAUGGAGCGCGACUUCUUCAAGCAACCGCCCAUCGAGUGCCGCCGCUGCGACGUCGGCGCAUACGCCCGUCACAACUGCUCGACGCUCGCGCCGUCUUGCCCCUCCGUGCCGCCAUUUUCAUGGCCGCUGCCGUCUUUGAGUGCCAACUGCUCGGCCAUCACGACCCCGCAAGACCAAGACGCGUGCAUGCACCUCCCGCCGUACAUUUCAGAAGCCGCCAUUAACUGUGACGCCGUUGCGUGGAAGCUCGGCAAGUACACGCGCGCGUUUUGCCAGCACAAGAGCGCCGCCGCGUCGGCCGCCGCCACGCCCAUGAGCGUACCAUAUCUCAUGUCGGCCAUCCUCAGUCCGUUCAUGGGUUUCGCCGUCGAUCGCGUCGGCUGCCGCGCCGUCCUCGCGCUCGCGGCCUCGUUCGCUCUGAUUGUCGUGCAUUUGCUCUUGGGCCUGACCGAUGUCACGUAUUGGCUUCCGUUGGCGCUUCAAGGCAUGGCGUACUGUGUGUUUGCCGCGGCGUUGUGGCCGUCGAUCCCGUGUACGUGACAACGAGGAGGUUCUGCAUGUUCAUGUCAACGUGACCGAGCAACAUGGAAGCGAGUGUGGAGUGAAUCAUGGCGUGAAUGUAGAUGUGGUCGAGCCGCACAUGGUCGGCAGCGCCUACGGGGCGAUCACGUCUAUCCAGGUACGAACACACUGUGAUAUGGCACUCGCAUGCGAUACAGGGACGUUAGUUUGUACGUUUGACAUUGGAAUGCAUGCAAUGGUGGGGUAGAAUCUCGGACUGGCGGGGUUUCCACUGCUCGUGGCGUUGGAAUUUGAUCUGCAGCACAAGUACAUUCCUGGCGUGGAGAUGCAGUUUGCCAUGCUGGCUGUUCUGGGUGCGGUGGCGGGCGUCGCGCUCAACGUUGUCGACUACCGCCAUGGAUCCGUGCUCAAUCGCCGCCCCCACAGCAAGCCUACCACCACACGACACCACAAGGACGACGAACACACGGAAGCGCUGCUAGAUCCCAACCAGACCGAGUUGUAAGCUAGGGGAAUGACAGAUUGAUGCUCGCUUUGGGGUUGUACAUCUCUCCACAUGA